AGCUAUGCAUAUUUUAUAUUGCGAUCGGUGUUUCAGAAGCUACAUGGAUUAGGAAACGCGGGCCACACUAGGCACGGUCUAAAGUGAGCUGGCAGCUCAUUCGCAGCAGGCACUGCUCAAACCCCGAAGCCCUAUUACUUGCUUCAGGCAAAAAGUUCUGUGGCUGCCCCAUACAAUACGCGUCCCAUGUAGAUCUGCGCUGUCUUCUAUUCCCCUGCACGCUAUUGUGCACUUUUGUGACGUUAUUAGAUCGUAUCUUCUUCCGUACAGGAAAAUUGCAGCCAGCUGCGACCUGUAAAUUUUCUUUUUUUUGCUCUUUGUUUUCCCAGUUAGAGCCAGAAGGAGAAAACUUUAUUUACUAAAUUGCUUUUCCGUCUUUUCCUCAGUCGCUCGUUUCCACUCCCAACGCUUAUGGCCCAUCCAUGAGCUCCCCCCAUCCCCCACAGGCCCGCAGAACGGCCUCCAGCCGCCGCCAAGACGCGGCCACCGGCACCGUCGUUCCGCAGCUAUCUCUGGUGACUUUGACGUCCAGGAGUUUGGACUUUUGCCCCCCAUGAUGUCCAAGUCUGUCCCCGGAUCUACCUCAUGCUCGCUCUCCGGCACGUUUGGCAGCUCUCCCGUGAAGAGCCCGCUUGUCCAGCUCGCAGCCGAGGACUCCACGUUGUCCAGUAGACAGAAAAUUUUGUUCACCUCGACACCGGCGUCCGCACACGAGGACGCCCGCACGCGGUACUUUAUCACCGAGGACACCAAGUUUGAGUCCGGCUCGAGCGUGCCGCGCGCGAUGAUCGAUCUCGAUGACGUGUUCAUUAGCUCGCGCGCGCCCGCUAGAAAGAGCAGCAGGACCAUGUCUGCUCCAGAAUUGGAGAGCUUCCACAUGCCCAAACACUCGCUGCUGUGCUCACCAAAGAAGAAUGACGUCGCCAUCGCCGAGGAGAUCACAGAGGAGGACUUUGAGGACUCUGAACAGCUGCUCACCAAAAUUCCCACCCAUAACUCCGAGCUGUCGUCAACCAACUCCGGCAAGGGCACGCCCUUGCCGGCCGGAGUGCUGCUAAACGAUAACUGCUCGUCCAACUCGCUCAACUCGCAGAGUUCCAAUAACUCGCAGCACAAAGGCCUAGCAAAUGUGAACACGCCAAGCGUCUCUAGCCUGCGCGGCAAGGUGAGAUACCAGUUCUAUUACAAUUCGCAGCAGAAACUCAAUACCCAGGCCGCAUCCACACCAUCCAGCUCGGCAACGGCAGAUUCUGACAGGUUUGGCCGGAGGCCUUGUCUGAUGGCGCCCUCCUCCUCCUCAUCCUCCUCCUCGCCUUCCUCAGCCUUCCGCGGCGUGUCCAAGUCGCGCUCUCCGAUCCGCAACCUCAGAUACCAGACCCCGCCCCAAAAGAACCCGUUCCAGUUCGAGCCUAUCGUCUACGAGAUUCCCAAGUCGUUCCACAGAGACCACGGCUACACCGCCUCGAUGUCGAACCAGAGCGUUGCUAAGCUGGACGAGCCCGUGACAGAGAACAAGAUGGAGGCCCACAAGAGAUCGAACUCGUUGUUUAGCACUCUGUCGUCCAAGUUCCACCACCGGCGCAAGUCGUCGCUGCUGUCCUUGAGGUCCACGCCACAAAAGGCCUCCAUCAUCGAGAAGACUACCGACGAGGUUUUCGGUCUCCAUGAAUACGCACACGCCAACGAGUCGACUCUGCUUUUCGACGACCAGACCUUGACUGAAGACGUCAUUGGCGAGCCGGGCCCCAUGAUCGAGGUGGUAGAGCCCCAGCCCAAGCCGGCGCUGGCCCGGCUGUCCAAAAACGGGCCGCUCAAAAAACACUCCAAAAGCCGAAGCACGAGCUUUAUCAAUUUCUCUAAUUACGAUUCUAAAAAAAGCGGAGCCACCGGGGCCAGUCGUUUUUUCAGUUGGAUGAUCAAGUCGAACCGGGGCGAACGAGCCGCAGAUAAUUAAUGGAAAUUAUAUGAGCAUUAUACAGACACUUUAUAUGAUAGUGAAUCCAA